UCUUCACCCCGAAAGCUCCGGAGUUUGGUACUUAUCCACUCAUUUACGAAACCAGCAUGUCGUCCCCAACGUACCCGCUCUUCUGCAUGGGCAACCCUCUGCUCGACAUCCAAGUCUUCAACGGUGAAGAGCUCCUGAAAAAGUAUGACCUCAAAGCCAACGAUGCCAUUCUCGCCGAGGAGAAGCACGCAUCCUUGUAUGACGACCUUGUGAAGAACCACCAGGUCACCUACGUCGCAGGAGGUGCCGCCCAGAACGCUGCGCGCGGAGCCGCCUAUGUCCUUCCUCCCAACUCUGUCGUUUACACCGGCUGCGUCGGCGACGAUGACCUUGCAGAGCAACUCCGUGCUGCCAACCGCCGUGAAGGCCUUACCGACGCCUACCUCGUCAGGAAGGGCGACAAGACUGGUGCUUGCGGUGUCAUUAUCACUGGUCAUAACCGUUCCCUCGUUACCACGCUACGCGCAGCAGAGAAGUUCGAGUCGUCCCACCUCUCUUCUCCGGAGGUUGCCCCACUUGUCGAGGCCGCCAAGGUCUUCUACCUCGAAGGCUACUUCCUCACGCAUGGCAGUGAGAUUGCGCUCGAGCUCAGCAAGAAGGCGUCCGAGGCGUCCAAGAUCUUCGUCCUCAACCUCUCCGCGCCCUUCAUCCCGCAGUUUUUCGGUGUCCAGCUCCAGCAGAUCAUCCCCUACUGCGACAUCAUCAUCUGCAACGAGUCCGAGGCCGAGUCGUGGGCGAGCGCGACCGGCCUCCCGCACAAGGACCUCGACGCGAUCGCGAAGGCGCUCGCGACGCAGCCCAAGGCGAACCCCGCGCGCCCGCGCGUCGUCAUCAUCACGCACGGCCCGAAGGCGACGACGGUCGUGAGCUCGGACGACGCGGAGAACGCGCUGGUCGUCCCCGUGCUCGCGCUCUCGGACGCGGAGAUCGUCGACACGAACGGGGCCGGCGACGCCUUCGCGGGCGGCUUCCUCGGCGCGUACGUCGCAGGCAAGGCCCUCAGCGAAUGCGUCGACGCCGGCCACAAGCUCGGCUCGAUGUGUGUCCAGCAGAUCGGCCCCCAGUACAAGUGGCCCAAGGUCAACAUCUUGUAAUCUAGACGCUAUCAUGAACCGCUCUCAACAGCAUGUCACCCGGUGUUCAACCACAACUCCCCAAGCCGCUGCUCUCCUCAGCAUGUAUCAAUAGUGCAUACGUUCCGUUGCUCCUAUCUCAUGAUCGGUAACUCAAGGCAGAAUACCCCAUGGUUCGAAAGUGUGCUUUAGCUAAAUUGUAGUGUACAAAUAUGCAGUCCAUUAGAUGUGCGGUGUCUCACGCUGGCGUGAUACAAGAUGUCCGAGCAGUCAACGGUAAUGAAAUGUGGGAAGCUGAUUACGUCUUCCCAGAUGCCUGUCAUGAGGAGGAUAGCAUUAAUUCGGCAGGCGCGAUCUCUAGCGUGGGCUCUGUAUGAGCAAAAUCAGGACUCAUGUUGCCAGUCUCCUGGCCCCGUAGCGACUCCGUUCCUUCGUCGGCUGGCUCAACGGAAGUGGGAGCUUCGCUCUCAGGCUCGACGUCCAUUGGCUCUACAUGCCCGCCUGCACCCUCAUCCUGCGCGCGAGGAGACCCGUGCAAGCUGCCUGGCUCGUCCUCACGUAACAUCUGCGGCUCCGAAGCGCCCUCAUCGCUCGCAGUGAUACCCUCCGCCUCCGCAUCCCCCUCCGCGUCCUCACCUGACUCGCCGCUCUCAUCACCGCCCUCAUCAGCCUCCUCUGGCUCUGCAUCCCCGCGCCCCGCGCCCACGGCCGAGACGCUCUCGCCCACCGCGCCAGACGCCCUCGCAGCGCCCGGGGGCGGCGGGUACGGAUACACGUACGUCGGGUAGUGCGCAAGGUACUCGGGCGGGACGUGCGGCGGCGGGUACGGGUACGGCGCGACGUGCGGGAGCACGUGUGCGCCCGCGGGCCUGUAGUACGGCGGCGGCUGGUAGUAGUGGGGGACGGCGUAGAUGAGGCCUGGCGGCGCGCCUGGGUAGGCGUACGGCGGGAGCACGGGGUACAGUCCCGUCGUGGGCGGGGAGGAAGGGACGGCUGGUGAGGUGCCCGGCGGCGCGGCGGGUUUCUUGGGUGAAGGGGUUGAUUCGGAGGUUGUGGAUUUGGAGGACUGGGGAGGGCUCGUGCCUCCGCCGUAGCCUGUACACUCGUGAAGAGCUGUAUCGUGGAAUAGAGAAAUGGACGCACUCGGGAGCAUGGUAUGUUGUC